GUGGCAGAUAUUGGAAGAGCAAAUGCUGUACAGCAACAACAGCAACAGCAACAUGAGGAAUUUGAGCGAAAACGAAGUAUGCAAUUUGAUAGGAAUGAUGCUGAUUUUCUUGCGCCAAAACGACUUAAAACACCUGCCAUUGAACAGAAGCGCAAGUCGAAUGUUUUGGCAACUGAAGUAGUUCAGGAGCAACAUGUUGAAGAAACGGAAGAUGGAGAGCUGGAGGAGUCAAAUUCCGCAAUGCUGGGGAACGAUCAGAUUCAUAUGAAGAAGAUGAUGACGAUGAUGGUGGUGAUAUUAGCUUUUUUGAUUCGUUAA